AUUACCGUGUGAAUUACGACGAGCGGAAUUGGAACAUGUUAACAGCGCAACUGAUGUCCGGAGGGUUCGAUAGGAUUAGUUCAGUAGCCCGAGCAGCUCUCCUAGAUGAUGCUUUCAAUUUGGCUCGUAGUGGCUACAUCAAUUACAGUGUACCAUUUCAUCUUGCUCGGUAUCUCAUUGACGAAACCGAAUACGAACCCUGGUUAUCCGCUACGAGUUCUCUCGUUUUCCUGAAUAAAAAUCUUCAAGAUCUACCCGUCGUUCGAGACUCUCUACAGGAUUAUGUUAGACGUCUACUGGCGCCGAUUUACCAAUCUUUAACCUUGACUGCAUCAAACCGAAAUUCGCUUCGAGAGAAACUUUUCCGACAGUUGAUACAAUCCACUGCAUGCACAAUGAGGAACGAGGAUUGUUUAAAUACCGCGAAUUUGCUAUUUACGAAGUGGAUUGCGAAUUCCUCAGAAAGGGUUGAUGCGGAGAUGAAAAGUUCUGUAUACUGCGUUGGAAUUCGAACUAGUGGCGAAUGGGAUGUAGUUUUCAGGAGAUUCUUAAGAGAAGAUCUCCAUACUGAGAAGGAGGUAUUGAUCAGUGGCCUCGGUUGUACGAACAAUUCUGCGUCGAUCACAAAAUAUUUAGAUUUCAUGAUGAGCGAUGCUCCCCAAUUACCUAAGCAGUACCGUUUGAAAAUACUUGAUGCUGUUUUGAAUGGGAACCCUGAGAAUGUGGAGCAAACACUGCUAUAUUUAUCGAAAAAUCUCCAGAAAAUCAUCGCCGUGUGAGUAGUACACAUUUUUUAAAUUUAAUCCCAAUGUAAGAAUUUCAUCUUCACUUUUCUGUCAGAAGAGGAUUUCCUUUCCUGAAUAAGAUGAUCACUGCCAUCGCAGGACGAAUCACCUCAUCGGCAAACCUACAAAUGUUCUUAUCGAUCGUCG